AUGAACAUUUUUGCCUCCCCCAACGCAUCAGCCUAUGAGAAGGUAAAUGGAAUUGAUGUGCAGCGGCGGCCCUUCCGCUGCCCGCGCUGCGGCGGCGGCUUCCGCAGCCUGGCGGCGCUGCGGGCGCACCUGGAGCGCGGCUGCGCCGGGGGCAGCCUGCUGGGCCCCAGCCGCCUCCUCUCCUGCCGCCAGGAUGCUGAGCUGCUCCCCGCCGCCCAGCCCCGCGGCGGCACCGAGGGCCGGCGGCCGCUCGAGCUGGAGGCCGAGCGGCCGGCGUCGCUGCUGGCCGAAUACGCACCCGCUGAUGCCGCCGAGCCCGGCUUCCCGGGCGGCGAGCCCAAGGCCGCCCUCGAGGCGCACGUCAGGGAGAAGUUCAACAGGAUGGUGGAGGCCGUGGACCAGAGCAUCGAGAAGAGAAUCGAGAGGCUCACCCAGGAGCUGGCCCGCAAGACGGCCGAGCUGCUGGAGGUGCGGGCAGCUUUCGUGCAGCUCUCGCAGAAGAAGCAGGAGGUGCAGCGUCGGGAGCGCGCCCUGAGCAGGCAGGUGGAUGUCGCGGUGGAGAUGAUCGCAGCCCUCAAGCAGCGCCUCAGCGAGUCCGAGGAGGAGCUGCACAGGAAGGAGGAAGAAGUUGUUACUUUCAACCACUUCCUUGAAGAAGCAGCAGAGAAAGAAGUCCGGGGAAAAGCCAGGCUCCAGCACUUCAUUGAGAACCUAUUGCAGCGGGUGGACCUGGCAGAAAGGCAGCUAGAAUAUUACCAAAAUCAGCAGCUUGUGUGCCACCACAACGAUGUUGACGAACCUGUGUUUACAGAAAUUUCAUUACAUAAGAAACCCAGAUGCCUGAGCCAAGGAAGUCAACACACUUCAUAUAAUAUCCCUGACACAAAGCCUCAUACCUUCCAGAAAGGAAGAAUCUUGUUGAAAAAAGUGAAGGAUGAAAAAAACAGCAUCCAGCCAGUCAAAUAUUUCUAUGAACCUUCUGAUUGCCCAAGAGAACUAUGGAGACCACAAAAGAAAGCUGAACUAGUUUACUCUGCCAGAAAGGUGAAURCAAAAUCUAAGAUGAAUAAAAAGGCGAAACCACUAUAAGAACGUUUAGUAACAUAUAUAAUAACACAGGAGCUUGGCUUCAACACAGCAAAUACUGACUGAAGUUAAUCAUCCCGGUUUUUGCUAUCCAUCUGGCCACACCAAAACAUAUCAAAUAUAAUAUA